CCACCCGUCAAAGACAUCUGACAUAACCAAUAAGAAGGAAGAAGGAUUACGCUGAAUGAAGUAGCACAGUGGCAAGAGAGGGUUAAGCCCUAACCCUGAAUCGCUAUCUUUCGUCCUAUGUCUAACCCUUUUUCCAUUUUCGCCAUUGUUCCCAUCCUCGUCUGUAGCUCUAUCAGCGUGUUUUUCUGAUAUUUAUUUUGCACAUCGUAUUGACUAUGUACUCUGCAGGUAAAGCACUCUAUUGUUGAUUAUUACGGUUUGAGGCUUGUGGUCUCCAUAUCAGCAGAGGUGUCUUGAUUCAUUCGUGAUUUCAGCAGGGGCAGGUUCUCUCGUCUAGUGAAGUGAUUUACUUGUGCGCACCAUCAUUGUCGAUGAGAUGAAGAAAGGCUUGCAUCCACAGAUGCAAUGGAUUUCAUAUGUCACACAAAGUGGAAGGCUGAUCCAAGUUAUGAUGACCAAGAUACAUAACACUGGUAAAGUCUACCACUUGAGGGCAAGGCGUCAGAUGGCCCAAAGCAUGGGCCAAAUUGCAAAAUUCAAGAAGCGGUACGGAUCUAAGACGGAAGAGCAGAAAGAAGAUUGAGUUGCACAAUAGUAAUCCCCAAUUCUUAACUCUAAUAGGGGACACCAUUAAUCGCUCGACUUCCCUUAAAGUGGGCAACAUUGCUGUAUGUGGUGGAGAUGAGGUUCUUUCUGGAUUUAACAGCUUGUGAUAUAUCCUUUUACGGAAAAUAUUUUCGUGAGAAAUUUAAAACAGUUAUGGUGAGGAGAAAACAGUUUAAAGCUAGAAUUUUGUAAACAAGGAGAUCUCAAACUUAAGUCAGUUUUAACUGUUUUGUUGAAGUUUUGUUUUAAGAUGGCUAUGUUUGUUAAAUGUACGAGUUUCUGAAA